AAGCACUUGAAGGCGUCACUCGGGGGCUCUGCUGCUGCUGCUUUAGCACAUUGCACAGAGCAAGUAAGCGGUGUGAGCAGACCAAAAUAUGUCGGGAAAGAGUUUUCGAGUCAGCGAAGGGGACUGGGUUUGUCCCGAUAAAAAAUGUGGAAAUGUAAACUUUGCUAGAAGAACAAGUUGUAACAGGUGUGGCAGAGACAAAACUACAGAGGCGAAGAUGAUGAAAGCAGGAGGAACAGAAAUUGGGAAAACUCUAGCUGAAAAGAGUAGAGGCCUCUUCAGUGCUAAUGAUUGGCAGUGCAAAACGUGUGGCAAUGUGAACUGGGCAAGAAGAUCAGAGUGCAACAUGUGUAACACACCAAAAUAUGCCAAGCUUGAAGAGAGAACAGGCUAUGGUGGAGGUUUUAAUGAAAGGGAAAAUGUGGAAUACAUUGAACGUGAGGAAUCUGAUGGUGAAUAUGAUGAGUUUGGUAGGAAAAAGAAAAAGUUUCGUGGGAAGAACAACAGUACAUCAUCUUCAAAAGAAAGUCAAAAGAAAGACCUGCCAAAAGAUGAAGACGAGGAGGAGGAGGAAGACGACGAUGAAGAUGGUGAUCUUUCCAAAUACAAACUGGAUGAUGAUGAAGAUGAUGAAGAUGGAGACCUGUCAAAGUAUGACUUAAAUGCCAGUGAUGAUGAUGGUGAUGAUGAUGAGCAAAAGAAGAAGAAGGAGAGCCGCUCGGGUUCAUCCCGUUCUCGUUCGUCUUCACGCUCCUCCAGUUCACGGUCGAGGUCCAGGUCCCGUUCGAGAAGCUCAUCCAGUUCCCGAUCUGGAUCUCGCUCGAGGUCCCGCUCCAGAUCCAGCUCCAGGUCUGGAAAGGGCUCCUCUCCCCUGAAGAGGUCCCGUUCAGCCUCCUCCUCACCUGAGAGGAGACAGAAGCGCAGUCGCUCCAGGUCCUCAUCUGGAGGGAGGAAACGCAGGCGUUCUAGAUCCCAUUCGUCCGAAAGGCACUGUGACGACGACGACUCUGGCUCCUCCCAUUCUGGCUCCAGUUUGAAAAAGAAAUAACUGAUACGGCCAUUGAAAGUGCAUGUUGUUUAUAAGGACGACAACCGCAUCUGUUCAAUGUGUUCAUCGAAUCCACAGUCUUAUUCCCCACAGCAAAAGGAGAAAAUACAUGCCAAAUUUUUGUCAUACUUGGUCCCAUUUUUAAACCACAAACACACCACAUGUAACAAGUGUCAGUAAUUAUAGAUGUUCAAUAAACAUACAUCAGGCCACACAGGGAAGUCAGAUGUACUCUGAAGAGGAUGUAUUCUGUACACACCGUCUGCUUAAUAUCUUCAUGCAACUACAUUUUACUUCUGGAGAAAAUGUCACUUAAUAAAUUUAGGUUGUAUUUGUCAGACCAACAAAGCAUCUAAGAUGGUGUUGAAUAUUUUGUCAUUUUUAAAAACUAAAAUCUUAAGUAUUUUGCCUCCUUUAUAGAUUAUCAACUGUAGCAAUGAAAUUUGACUUUUUCAGUAUGUGAAAUUUAUUUUUAAGCUUUGUUUGUUUGUUUGUUUGUUUGUUUGUUUGUUUGUUUGUUUUUUGGGGGGGGGGGGGUCUUUGUUUUUUCUUCAAGGUAAGUAUUCACAUUAUUGAUAUUUUUUAGUGGUGGCAGUAAAUUGAACAUUCUAUUUGGUUAAAGUGUCUUUAACACUGCAGUGGCCCGUUCCUUGAUACUUAUUCCUCAUUUGUCACUUGGAAAACCUGUUAAAUAUUGAUAGGUUUCAUUGGUACAUGUAAUAAUAUGUCUCUUAUUGGCAAAACAAUGUACAUGUAAAUAAAAUCCUGUCGGCAUC